GCUUCUUCGUCGCUGGCUUUCGUUCGUUCGUUCGUUCGUUCUAGGAAUCGCACUCUCCGAUUCUCGUAGAAUCAUUUUUGCUUCCUUCUUUAACGCUAUCAAUCUUGGUCAGGAACGUCCGCUUUCCGUUUCUUUGCGCUUUAAUUGAAUCUCAUCUGAAGAAUUGCUUUCAAUAAAGAAGAAAGUACUAUCGGAAAUGGUAGGUGGUGCACAUAUCCAGCUCAAUAGAUGGCAGCAAGCAGCAGUUGCACUUGGUUCAGCAGUAGGUGCCUUGCUAGAUCCACGACGAGCAGAUCUAAUAGCAGCUCUUGGGGAAACAACUGGAAAGCCUGCUUUUGAAAGGGUCCUUGAAAGGAUGAAAAAAAGUGCUGAAGGCAGAGCAGUGUUGUUGGAGCGACCUCGUGUAUUAUCAUCAGAAGUUGGUCAUGCAUGGGACCUUCCAUCCAACACAUUUGGUGCUGCAUAUGCUAAUUUUAUGGGUUCCAGGAACUUUUCUCCAGAUGACCGACCUCCUGUUCGAUUCAUGGAUACUGAUGAACUCAAGUAUGUUGCCAUGCGAGCUCGUGAGGUUCAUGACUUCUGGCACACCUUGUUUGGUCUUCCCACAAACUUGAUUGGCGAGUCAGCAUUGAAGGUUAUUGAAUUUGAGCAAAUGCACCUUCCAAUGUGCAUGCUGUCUGUUUUGGGAGGCACAGCUAGAUUCAAUGACAGACAGAGAAAAUUAUUCUUCCAGCACUACUUCCCUUGGGCUAUCCGUGCUGGCAUGCAGUGCACAGAUCUCAUGUGCAUAUAUUAUGAGCGGCACUUCCACGAGGAUUUGGACGAAAUGCGGGCGAAGUGGGGAAUAAUUCCUUUACCUCCUCCCCAAAGUUAACGUUUUGCUUGACAAGUACGAUGAAGGGAAGUAUGGUCAUAGGAGCCAUCUCUAUCCAUCUUGAUGCUGGCUUCGUUCAUGGUUGUCAUCAGAAUAAUCUCCUGAUAAGGUAUGUAACCAACAGCCGUUAUUAAUUUUAGACAAUCUGCUUUGUCAUACAUAUUUCAUUGAGCAAUUUUAUUCGGUAGGCUUGUGCAUUAUUGACCAUAGGAUCGAGUUCUGUAUCUUGAUUGUUAGCGCAAAAUGUAGAGAAUAUUUGCAGUAAUGAGUAUUUACUCUAUAUUACAACCCAAAUUGGUUUCUUUCAA